AUGGCCUUCCCCGGUAACCUUGUGAAAUUCGGGCUCACCAAGCUUGUCUCUCGCACGACUGCGAAGAGAUGGAUGCGCAAGCUGGGCCGCUUCUGGAAGCAUGAGCCAACUGGGCAGUACGUCGACGGGCACGAGCGCGAAGAUGUGGUCAAUUAUAGACAGAAGAUAUUCCUACCUGUCUUUGCAGAUGCUCUAUCGCGGACGCGCACAUGGGAUGUGGACGGGUGGAGUGAUCUGGCAGAACACCAAGUCGUGCACUGGUUCCACGAUGAAUCAACCUUCUAUGCCCAUGAUCGGCGGACCCUGCGCUGGGUUCGUGAGCAAGAAACGGCAGUACCACGGCCGAAAGGGGAAGGGAUGUCACUUAUGGUUGCUGAUUUCAUGUCGGCCGAUCAUGGGUGGCUCCGUUCACCUGACGGAAGGGAAUCAGCUCGUGUUCUCUUCAAAGCCGGAAAGAAUAGAGAUGGAUACUUUACCCACGAAGAGAUCCUCGCACACGCCACCACCGCUAUGGACAUCCUGGAAAAGCACUUUCCUGAGGAGGAACAUGUCUUUAUCUUCGAUAACGCGCCCACUCACGUGAAACGCGCAGAUGAUGCGCUCUCUGCACGGAAGAUGUCAAAGUUUCAUACCAGAGAAGAGCACCCACCAUUCGGCGUGAAGGUCAUCUACGGCAGCGAUGGGAAGCCACUGAAGACCACGAUUCCAAUGCGCGAUGGGCGCCUCCCGAACGGCCAGCCGCAGCCCCUCUAUUUCGAGACAGGGCACCCGCAAGCCGGUGUCUUCAAGGGGAUGGUGCAGAUCUUGACAGAGCGUGGAUACAAUGGGGUGAAAGACCUGAAGGCACAAUUCUAUGGUAGGUCUCUGCGCUUCAUGCAGCAUUAUCGCGACGGUCUCAACGGAGCGGAGGCGGCUUGGGCAACAAAGAAGUAUGCUAGCCAUCGUGGGCUUCCCCCUAGGGCGAUACUUGAGCGCGCGGACAUCACGACACCUGUAUAG